AUGGGCAGCGCACAGUCAACACCACAGCCCACUCCGGCACCGAGAGUGCUCCCACAGCGAACCCGACGAGCUCAGCACGACGAGCCCUCCACCACCCUCGACGAGAAGUUCGACGCUGUUCGCAUCGACCAUGGCGGCAGUAGCUCGAAGUCACCGCGAGGCAACAUCUACUCUUCAGACUCAUCUCACGUCUCCGAAGCCAAGACACAAGAGUACAUCAAAGAGCUGCUGAAGGACCCGACGAACAGACUUGCCUACUCUACCAUCAGCAAGGCGAACCUCAACACAGUUCUGGAAAAGCAAUCUACAAUACAAAAGGACAUCCAACUCUUCAAUGUGAAGAUCGUGCACGAGGGUGCGCCAAUCACCAACCAACGAAGCUCUGGCCGGUGUUGGAUAUUCGCAGCUCUGAAUACGUUUCGUAUCGCCAUCCAGCAGAAGUACGGCAUCAAGAGCUUUGAGCUUAGCCAGUCGUAUCUCUUCUUCUACGACAAGCUGGAGAAGGCCAACUACUUCUUGACAAGCAUUGCAAACACCGCCGACGACGCUGUGGACAGCAGACUCAUUACCGCCCUCAUGGCCAGUCCAGUCGGCGAUGGCGGACAGUGGGACAUGAUCGUCAAUCUUGUCAGCAAAUACGGCAUUGUACCGCAAGAACUCUACCCGGACAGCUUCAACGCGAUGAACUCCAGACCCAUGGACGGACUGCUGACGACGAAGCUUCGCGAACAUGCCCUUACUCUUCGUAAGGCCGUCGCCAUGGGCAAGUCAAAAGAUGACCUCUCCGCGCAGAAGGAAGCUAUGAUGCAGGAUGUUAUCCGGAUUCUGACCAUCUGUCUUGGUCCACCUCCUCGAGUCGACGAGAAAUUCUCGUGGAACUUCUACGAUUCCAGCAACAAGCUCAAGAGCGUCUCCAUGACACCGAUCGAGUUUGCAGAGUCGACUCACGUCAAGAAGUUCAUCUCUCUCGUCAACGACCCUCGAAACGAGUACAACCGCCUGCUUACAGUUGAUCAUCUGGGCAACGUCUGGGACGGCAGACCCAUCACCUACGUCAAUGUCGACAACACUAUACUCAAGAACGCCUGCGUUGCACAAAUCAAGAAGAACCUCCCAGUCUUCUUCGGCAGCGAUGUCGGCGCAAUGGGUACGGACAGCGCGAGAGGCAUCAUGGACACCGACUUGGUCUCGUACGAGCUCGGAUUCAAUGUCACACUCAACAUGACGAAAGCCGAACGUCUUUUGACUGGCGAGUCGCAGAUGACCCAUGCCAUGGUCUUAACCGCGGUUCAUCUGGAUGAGAACGACAAGCCUGUGCGAUGGCGAGUGGAGAACUCAUGGUCCACUGCCGCCGGCGUGGAUGGAUACUUCGUGAUGUCCGAUGCAUGGUUUGAUCAGUUCGUGUACCAGGCCGUCAUUGACCCGAACAUGGUACACAAGGAUGUCAGAGAUGUGCUCAAGCAGGAGCCGAAAGUGCUGCCGCUCUGGGAUCCGAUGGGUGCAUUGGCAUGA